UGGUGUUUGCGACCAAUUAAAUUAAAGCAUUUGCGUCCUACCAAAAAAGAAAAGCAUUUUCGCACAGAGAUUAUGCAGUUGAUUUUCCUUCUCAUCUUCUGUGGAUCCGAUGAAGCUUCUCCAUCGUGUUCUUCCUUUCCUACUUCUUGUGAUUUGCCUCAGUAUAGUUCUAACAAGUGCUGCAACGUCUCACGAUGAUGAUCGAAAGGACUAUAUUGUGUACAUGGGUGACCGGCUUAAGGGCGUGUCUUCAACAUCGGCUCUUUACAUGAGCAUGCUACAGAAAGUCAUUGGCAGUCAUGUAGGACCAGAAACUGUUGUUCAUAGCUAUAAGAGGAGCUUCCACGGAUUUGUGGCCAAGCUAAAAGACCAUGAAGUGCAAAAAUUGGCUGGAGCGGAAGGAGUUGUAUCGGUGUUUCCAAAUGAGAAAUAUAAGCUCCACACAACGAGAUCAUGGGACUUCCUGGGCUUCACCCAACAAGUCGACAGGCAGAACACUGUUGAAACAGAUAUAAUUGUGGGGGUUCUGGACACCGGAAUAUGGCCAGCAUCAGACAGUUUCAGGGACGACGGACUUGGUCCGCCGCCAAGCAAGUGGAAGGGCAGCUGCAUUCCUAAUUCGUCCAAUUUUACCUGCAGCAAUAAAAUCAUUGGAGCAAAAUAUUAUCGAACUGGAGGAUCGAUAGGACCGGAUGAGAUCAUGUCUCCUAUCGACACUGUUGGCCACGGGACACAUGUAGCUUCCACUGUGGCAGGCCAAUCGGUGGCCUCAACGAGCCUCUAUGGGCUGGGUUCUGGGACUGCUCGCGGAGGAGUCCCAUCUGCCCGGAUUGCUGUUUACAAGAUCUGUUGGUACGAUGGGUGCUACGCGUCGGAUAUUCUGGCAGCCUUUGAUGAUGCGAUUGCAGACGGGGUUGAUAUUAUUUCCCUCUCUGUCGGUUAUACAACCCCCAGGGACUAUUUCAACAAUUCCAUCUCAAUCGGGUCUUUUCAUGCCAUGAGGAAUGGUAUAUUGACAUCGGCCGGGGCAGGUAACGACGGCCCCGAUUAUGGAACUAUAUCCAAUUUAUCACCUUGGUUUCUUUCGGUUGCUGCAAGUACGAUUGACAGGAAGUUCCUGACCAAGGUCUUUUUGGGUAAUGGCAUGAGUUAUGAGGGAGUUUCAAUUAACACAGAGGAUCUCGCGGACCAAUACCCUCUGAUCUAUGCCGCAAAUGCGCCAAACACCACCGGUAACAUAUCUCAGUCAAGGUAUUGCUUGAUGAACACAUUGGAUCCAAAUUUAGUUAGGGGGAAGAUUGUACUUUGUGACGCUUUAGUCGGCGGAAGAGGGCCAUUCUCUGUGGGGGCAGUAGGAGCCGUCAUGCGUGACGAAUUCCCUGAAGAUGCUGCUUUUAACUUUCCCUUGCCUACGUCCUAUAUCAGUCAGACUGAGGGCGAGCGUGUCCUUUCUUACAUCAACUCGUCCAGCAAUGCGACUGCUACCAUACUAAAGAGCACGGAAGGGAAUGAAACUCGCGCACCAUAUGUUGCCUCCUUCUCAUCUAGGGGCCCGAAUAUGAUCUCCCGAGACCUUUUGAAGCCGGAUUUAGCUGCCCCUGGAGUCGACAUCUUAGCUGCAUGGCCUCCUAACACCUCGAUCUCGAGAGUCAGAGGCGAUGACAGAUUUUCACCGUACAACAUAAUGUCUGGGACAUCCAUGGCGUGCCCUCACGCAUCUGGUGCAGCCGCCUAUGUGAAAUCGUUUAAUCCGACUUGGUCUCCCGCUGCUAUUAAAUCAGCUCUCAUAACUACUGCUAUGCCAAUGAGUAACAAGACCAACCCCGAAGCAGAGUUUGCAUAUGGUGCAGGCGAGAUUAAUCCUCUCAAAGCCAUAAAUCCAGGGCUCAUCUAUGAUGCUAAUGAGACCGACUACGUGACAUUUUUGUGUGCACAAGGUUACAAUACAACCACUUUACGAUUGGUGACUGGGGAUAACAGUACUUGCUCCGGGGCCAAUAAUGGAACCACCUGGGAUUUAAACUACCCAUCCUUCGCACUCCCGACUUCAUUCUCAGAAACAGUCAAUCGCACAUUCACCAGGACGGUUACAAAUGUUGGAUCUCCUGCAUCUACAUAUAAGCACAGGAUCACCACCCCAGCUGGGUUAAAAAUUAAAGUUCAUCCUAAAGACUUAUCCUUCACAUCUCUCUCACAGAAACUAUCAUUCAGAGUCACAAUUGAGGGAACUUUAAAUGACAAAGCGAUAGUAUCAGCUUCUUUGCUAUGGGAUGAUGGUGAACAUCAAGUGAGGAGUCCCAUUGUUGUAUAUGAUGUUAGCAAACUCAUCUCAGUAUAGUCUGUAAUUAAUUGAUGGAUUACAUUUGAUUGACUUCAGCAUCCAGAGAAUGCAGCAGUAGUUUUAUGUAAUAAUCUCGAUAUUACAAUGUUCACUGAAUAAAAAAGUUCGAUACUAUGUUGUACUGUA